GGAUGACGGAAACAACGAUGUAUCGAUUGCUCCAGCGCACAUCGGAAGUAGCACUCGAUGUGGGACGCAUGGGGAAGGGAUCUGGUCACAAGGGUGGUGAAGAGUAUCAUUAGAAAACUUAUCUUGGCAAUUUUAUUUUUCGCUGCUGAAGCAGAGUAAAGGCUGGAGCGACCAGAGAGGAGGACGACGGCAGAGUAAAGGUGCACGAACCGUCAAGGUUUAAAUACAACCUCGGCAACAAGAUUGAUGAGCGCGGCUCGUGGAUUAGAAACGAGGGAAAACGGCAGCAGCCUUAGAGGCUGGAGACAGCACGUAGCGAGCGACGGGAUGCGAGCCUGAUGCGGAGAGAGCACUUUGCUGCGGCUGCUGCAAUUUAUGACAUCCCCCCACGACAGAGGGAAACCGCGCUGGAUGCGGAGCAGCGAGUGAGAGGAAGCUGCCGGCGCGAUGCACUAAAGGAGGGCUGGCGGCGGUGGAGUUUGGGCAAGCAAAGGUCACAGAGGCGGACGCGAGGCGGCAGCGCUGCAAAGUGACUCAGCCGGCCGAGACAUCCGCCGUGAGCGGCGGGGCUGCCCCGCCAGCGUGGGCUGUCCCCAGCCUCCAGGGCUGAUACAUCCUCGUUUUCCCUACGUGUCACGUCUGUGAGACACGCAAGCCCACGGCAUGAUCUGGCGAUGUGGGCGCGUUUGUGAUUUAUUUCCUCCGUGAGAGACUUUUCUUAGUCAGAAUCCCCUCACAGCGGCCGCUGCUCACUUCUGCCCCUGAAGAUGCGCUGAGGUAGCCACAAGGAAGAGGAGAGGUGAUAUUUGGAUAAUCAUGGGUCAAACCGGAAAAAAAUCUGAGAAGGGACCAAUUUGUUGGAGAAAACGUGUAAAAUCAGAAUAUAUGAGACUGAGGCAGCUCAAGAGGUUCCGACGUGCUGAUGAAGUAAAGAGUAUGUUUAAUUCUAAUCGUCAGAAGAUACUGGAAAGAACUGAAAUCUUAAAUCAAGAAUGGAAACAACGUAGGAUACAGCCUGUUCACAUCAUGACUUCUGUGAGCUCAUUGCGCGGGACCAGGGAGUGCUCUGUUACCAGUGACAUUGAUUUUCCAAAACAAGUCAUCCCACUGAAGACUCUCAAUGCUGUUGCUUCUGUGCCUAUAAUGUAUUCUUGGUCUCCCCUUCAACAGAAUUUUAUGGUAGAGGAUGAAACUGUAUUACACAACAUUCCAUAUAUGGGAGAUGAAGUGCUUGACCAGGAUGGUACCUUUAUUGAAGAACUGAUCAAGAACUAUGAUGGGAAAGUGCAUGGAGACAGAGGUGAGCCCAAACACUCAGAAUGUGGAUUUAUCAAUGAUGAAAUAUUUGUUGAGUUGGUCAAUGCCCUUGGUCAAUAUAGUGAUGAUGAAGAUGAUGAUGAUGGAGAUGACAAUCCUGAUGAAAGAGAUGACAAGCAAAAAGAUCGGGAAGGUAACAGGAUGGAGAAAGAAACCCACCCACCUCGGAGAUUUCCUUCUGACAAGAUAUUUGAAGCCAUUUCCUCAAUGUUUCCAGACAAGGGUACAGCAGAAGAACUGAAAGAGAAAUACAAAGAACUCACUGAGCAGCAGCUUCCUGGAGCUCUUCCUCCUGAGUGCACACCGAACAUAGAUGGACCAAAUGCUAAAUCAGUUCAGAGGGAGCAAAGUCUGCACUCCUUUCACACACUCUUCUGUAGACGCUGUUUUAAAUACGAUUGCUUCUUGCAUCCAUUCCAUGCAACUCCCAAUACUUAUAAGCGAAAGAAUACAGAAACAGCAUUAGAUAAUAAGCCUUGUGGACCUCACUGUUAUCAACAUUUGGAAGGCGCAAAGGAGUUUGCAGCUGCCCUGACGGCGGAGCGCAUCAAGACCCCGCCCAAGCGCCCCGGCGGCCGCCGGAGGGGACGGCUCCCCAACAACACCAGCAGGCCCAGCACGCCCACCAUCAACGUUCUGGAGUCCAAGGACACGGACAGCGAUCGAGAGGCUGGCACUGAAACCGGCGGGGAAAACAACGAUAAAGAGGAAGAAGAAAAGAAAGACGAAACAUCCAGUUCCUCUGAAGCAAAUUCUAGGUGUCAAACACCAAUAAAGAUGAAGCCAAAUAUUGAGCCUCCAGAGAACGUGGAAUGGAGUGGUGCAGAAGCUUCAAUGUUUAGAGUUCUUAUUGGCACCUACUAUGACAACUUUUGUGCAAUUGCCAGACUGAUUGGGACCAAAACGUGCAGACAGGUGUAUGAGUUUAGAGUAAAGGAAUCUAGUAUUAUUGCACCAGUCCCUGCUGAAGAUGUUGAUACUCCUCCCAGAAAGAAGAAAAGGAAACACAGGUUGUGGGCUGCUCAUUGCAGAAAGAUACAGCUGAAAAAGGAUGGGUCAUCGAAUCACGUUUACAACUAUCAGCCAUGUGAUCACCCACGUCAGCCUUGUGAUAGCUCAUGUCCAUGUGUAAUUGCUCAAAACUUCUGUGAGAAGUUUUGUCAAUGCAGCUCAGAAUGCCAAAAUCGUUUUCCUGGGUGUCGCUGUAAAGCACAAUGCAACACCAAGCAGUGCCCCUGUUACCUGGCUGUCCGUGAGUGUGAUCCUGACCUCUGCCUGACUUGUGGAGCAGCUGACCACUGGGACAGCAAAAAUGUUUCUUGCAAGAACUGCAGCAUUCAGAGAGGAUCCAAAAAACACUUACUGUUGGCACCUUCAGAUGUGGCAGGCUGGGGAAUUUUUAUCAAAGAUCCUGUACAGAAGAAUGAAUUCAUCUCUGAAUACUGUGGUGAGAUUAUUUCUCAGGAUGAGGCAGACAGAAGAGGAAAAGUGUACGACAAAUACAUGUGCAGCUUUCUGUUUAACUUGAAUAAUGAUUUUGUGGUUGAUGCAACACGCAAGGGCAACAAAAUUAGAUUUGCAAACCAUUCAGUAAAUCCCAACUGCUAUGCAAAAGUUAUGAUGGUUAAUGGUGAUCACAGAAUAGGAAUAUUUGCUAAAAGAGCCAUUCAGACUGGUGAAGAACUGUUCUUUGACUACAGAUAUAGCCAAGCUGAUGCCCUUAAGUAUGUGGGCAUUGAAAGAGAAAUGGAAAUCCCUUGACACCAGCUACCUCUUCUUUUAAACAAACAGCUGCCUUAUCUUCAGGAAUUUCUAGUACUGUGGGCAAUUUUAGAAAAAUAAAAAUGAUGCAAUUUGAAAUUCUGUAUUUGCAAAGUACUGUAACAGUAAUUUAUAGUAACAAAUUUUAAAAAAACCAACUUUUUAUUGCCUUCUCACCAGCUGCAAAGUGUUUUGUACCUAUGAACUUUUGCAAUAAUGUGGUGUGGUACAUUUUUCAACCUUGAAUAAAGGAUACUUGAACUUCUUCA